AUGUCUGGGGCAUUUGAUCUGGCCAGGCCCAACCGGCCAAUUCGAGCUGGUGUCAUUCUGAUGGGCGCGUAUGUUCUUUGCCAAACUUGGAGACGGCCGGCCUUUACUGAACAUCAUUGUAGCGAGACCGAAAUUCUUGAUGUAGCUCCGAUCGACCUCCUGUAUGGCAUGUCCAAGCACUUUGUCAAGCCCUUCGAAGACGACAUCCUGACUCCAGAACUCAAAGCCCAAGCUCUCGACUUUGAGUUCCAUUGGGUCAACCAGUUCGGAAAGGCUUCCAGCCUGACCGGAGGACUGCCAAUUCAACCCACUGACGAUUUCAGCACCUGCCCACCAUUGGACAUUGUCAUUAUGGGCGCGCAUCAGCAAGGGUACGUGCCCAACGAGGCAGAGCUCGACUUCGUCCGCAAGAGCUACGAGACCUGCUCAGCUUUCAUAACCAUCUGUGGAGGGUUUCAAGCCGCUUUUAUGGCAGGAUUGUUUCAAGGCAAGACCGUCACGGCACCGCGAUUGAUGCUGGACAACCUGCGUCAAAUGGCUCCACAGACUGAAUGGGUAGCGAAGCGUUGGCAUCGGGAUGGUAAGCUGUGGACCAGUGGAGCUUUGUUGAAUGGCUUGGAUCUGAUUCGUGCCUUUGCGACUGAGUACUGGGGAGGCAAAGGUACGCUGGCGGAAUUCUGGAUUGGUAUGGGGCACUUCCCGAAGAGGGAUAUCAACUAUGGUGACGCUGAGAACAAUUAUCUCUGA